AACAAACAAUGGUGGUACCAACGAUGGAUAGCUUACCGAGGGUACCGGACACCCACGGGGACACCGUGGACGAGAAAGUAUUUUCCGACCUGUACAUCCGAACCAGUUGGUUCGAUGCAACGAUAGCACUCGAUCAAAUAGAAAAGGGUAAAGCACGGGGGAGAAGGUCUUCGGUGUACAUGCGGUCCCUGUUCCAGCAAUAUCUUUACAACCUAGGCUGUUCGAUACAGAAACACGCCGGCAAAGUGUUAUUUGUAGCGAUACUAGUACUCAGCACGUUCUGUGUCGGGUUAAAGUCGGCAACGGUACACUCGAAGGUGCACCAGCUAUGGAUACAGGAGGGUGGUUCGCUCGAGCACGAGCUGGCCUACACACAGAAAUCGCUCGGCGAGAUGGACUCAUCGACGCAUCAGCUACUGAUACAAACACCAAAGGACAUGGACGCUUCGAUACUGCAUCCGAACGCGCUGCUAACGCAUCUGGACGUGGUGAAAAAGGCAAUCUCGGUGACGGUGCACAUGUACGACAUAUCGUGGAGUCUAAAGGAUAUGUGCUACUCGCCAAGCAUUCCCAGCUUCGAUACGCAUUUUAUCGAACAGAUUUUCGAGAACAUUAUACCGUGUGCGAUCAUUACGCCACUCGACUGUUUCUGGGAGGGUAGCAAACUCCUCGGUCCAACGUUUCCCGUGCACAUACCUGGCAUAACGAGUAAAGUGCAGUGGACGUCACUGAAUCCACAAACGCUACUGAAAGACAUCAAGGCACAGAACUAUCAAUUUCCGUUCGAAACACUGGAGCAGUACAUGAAGCGUGCGGGCAUCAGUACGGGCUACACGGAGAAACCUUGCCUUAAUCCCAAGGACAAACAGUGUCCCGAUACGGCACCGAAUAAAAAGUCCGGUCAGGUGCCGGAUAUUGGUGCAAGUCUCACCGGAGGGUGCUACGGUUUUGCGGCGAAAUAUAUGCACUGGCCGGAAGAGCUGGUAGUCGGUGGAGCUGUCCGCAAUCGGACGCAUCAUCUCAAGUCCGCGAAAGCGCUGCAGACGGUGAUUCAGCUGAUGGGUGAACGGGAGCUGUACGAUUACUGGAACAAUCACUACAAGGUGCACCAUAUCGGGUGGAAUCCGGAGAAGGCGGCCGAGGUGUUGAAUGCUUGGCAGAAGAAGUUUUCGGCCGAGGUGAACAAAAUCAUGCAGACCGAGGUGAAACCGUUGUCGUACUAUGGCGUGUAUGCUUUCUCGUCAGCGACACUGGACGAUAUACUGGGAAAACACUCGAACCCGAACCCGAUCAGCCUGGGAAUUGGCAUUGCGAUCAUUUUGUUCUACACGGCUUGUACGCUGAUCCGCUGGAGAGAUGGAAUCAAUGGGCAGAGUGGAGUCGGUGUGGCUGGUGUGUUGCUGAUCACGGUGACAACUGCAGCGGGGUUAGGUUUCUGUGCACUGCUUGGUAUCGCUUUCAAUGCUGCCACGACGCAAGUGAUUCCUUUCCUAGCACUUGGGCUCGGUGUUGAUCACAUCUUUGUACUGACGCAUGCGUAUGCCGAAAGGGAUACGAGCGAACAAACUGGACAGGUGUUGAAGAAGGCUGGAUUGGGUGUACUGUUCGCUGGAGCUUCAACUGCAGGAUCAUUCUUUGCUGCCACUCUUAUCCCAGUGCCAGCACUGCGUGUGUUUUGCUUUCAAGGGGCUAUCCUGACGGUAUUCAAUCUGGCCGCUGUGCUACUUGUAUUCCCGGCCAUGAUAUCACUCGAUCUUCGCCGUCGUCGUUCUGGGCGUGCGGAUGUACUUUGCUGCUGUCUACCGGCGCUCCCAAACACCACACACGACCUCAACAAGCAGCGCUACCACUAUCACCAGCAAACGCAACAAUCACAACCAAUACAACCAGGCCAACAGCAGAACAGUGCCGAAGCUCAGCGACAGGAGGAAGACUCUCUAAUCGAGUGUCAAUCGAAGGCAUGCCUAAGCUUUUCCCUGUCCCGGUUUGCGAUUAAACAUUACGCUCCCUUCCUGACGCGAAGUUCGGUGAAAGUGUUCGCUAUGUUGCUGCUGACCGGCAUCCUCGGUGUGUCACUGUUCGCCUCGAUGAAGCUCCCGGAUGGGUUGGAGUUGACGGAUCUCGUCCCACAAAACACCAACGAGCAUCGGUUUCUGAGUGUGCAGGGGAAGUUGUUCGGUUUCUACAGCAUGUUUGCCGUAACGCAGGGUGAUUUUGAGUAUCCGAACAAUCAGAAACUGUUGCACGAGUAUCAUGAAGCGUUCGUGCGCGUGUCACACGUGAUCAAAAACGAUAAUGGUGGAUUGCCCGACUUUUGGCUUAGUUUGUUCCGCGAUUGGCUGCUCAAUUUGCAGCGUGCGUUCGAUCGGGAUUAUCGUGAGGGUCGCAUCACACAGGAACGAUGGUACGCGAAUGCAAGUAACGAUGCGAUCCUGGCUUAUAAGCUGCUCGUCCAAACUGGACACGUGGACAAUCCGAUCGACAAGAGUCUGGUGACGCAGGUACGGCUGGUCGAUUCGGAGGGAGUGAUCAAUCCGGAAGCGUUCUACAACUACCUUUCGGCCUGGGCUUGGAACGACGUGCUUGCAUACGGUGCUUCACAGGGUAACUUACGACCAGAGCCUCGGGAAUGGUUCCACACACCGUCUGACUUUGAGCUAAAGAUUCCGAAGAGUGCUCCCCUGACCUACACGCAGCUACCGUUCUAUCUGCACGGGCUCAGCGAUACGGCCGAUAUCAAGACGAUGAUCAGCCAGAUACGCGAGCUGUGCUCCAAGUUUGAAUCGCGCGGCCUGCCAAACUAUCCCUCAGGAAUUCCCUUCAUCUUUUGGGAGCAGUAUAUGAAUUUGCGGCCCGGUCUGCUGAAAGCAAUCGGCUGUGCGUUGCUGGCGGUGUUUGUGUUUGUCUCGCUAUUGCUGCUGUCCGUCUGGGCUGCGCUGAUGAUCGUGUUUAACGUGGUGAUGAUGUUGGUACAGCUUCUCGGUGUGAUGAUACUUCUCGGCAUCAAGCUGUCAGCGAUACCCGCAGUCAUACUGAUAGCUAGUAUUGGAUUGGGCGCUGGAAUAACCGUGCACAUGUCACUGGGUUUCAUAACAUCGAUCGGAAAUCGGGACCGUCGCGUUAAGCUAGCGCUGGAGCACUGUUUUGCACCGAUCGUGCAUGGCGUCAUAACAUCCGCGCUGGCCAUCUUUAUGUUGUCGACUUCCUCGUUUGAGUUUGUCGUACGACACUUCUUCUGGCUGUUGCUGUCCGCGGUCGUUAUUGGAGCACUCAACGGGCUAUUCUUCUUUCCUAUACUGCUCAGUAUGAUCGGUCCGGGAGCGGAAGUUAUCCCACUCCAGUAUGCGAACCGUAUCUCGACACCUUCCCCACCACCGAAACGCAUCAACAAACUGUCUUCCGGUAAACCGAUCGUGCUGAACAACAAACGAUCGUCUUGUUCGCGUAGCUGCUCGAAACCGCAUCAUCAUCACAAGCACAACAACGUUAAUCUGAGCAAUGAACCGUCCCUUACAACCAUCACGGAAGAGCCACAGUCGUGGAAGAGUUCCGCCUCGUCCAUCGCAUCCAUGCACGAGAAGACCACCGGUGGAUCGGUCGGUCAUCAUAGACAAUCCGCCGGGUUGGUGGGUGGUGGUAUCGGAGGUGGUCCACCACCAUCGAGCACUUCCCUCGGUGGCAGUAUGAUGGGUGAUGGCAAUCUGGGCGGUGUGUACAGCCAUCCCCAUGCGCACCAUUAUCAUCACCAUCAUCAUCAGCAGGCACCGGAACUGCAGAGCAUCGUGCUACAGCCGGAAGUGACUGUCGAGACACACCAUCACGGGGGCGAACAUCAGAACACCAAGGUGACGGCAACGGCCAACAUCAAGGUGGAGCUGGUAACACCGGGCCGUGCCGCACGGAUGAUGCACACGACCGCCAGCAGUACCAGCAGCAAUGCGAGCAGCACCGGAAGUACUUCGAGCAGUACUGGGAGCUCCGGUAGCGCAAGCAGCUAACAACUCUCCCCAG